UAAUUCGUCCAAUAGCUUUCAAGCCAACGCUUUUAACGUCAGCCCCAAGAUUUGGUUUAUCGGGUGAACGUUAUGGAUCAACACCGGUUUUAACAAGACCGGGAUCGCGUCUUACGUUAUACGGAAGUAUGUAUGCCAGAAAGUAAAAAAAAAUAAACUCCACCGUCGUCAUCCGUUAUUGCCCGUUAUUCUCGGUUCUUCUUCUCUUUAUGCUUUUAAAGGUAGCAGCGACCUGCGCCAUAUUCCGGCUGGCGGCAACAUCCACUAUUCGCUCGAUAGGAAGUUGAGAUCGUCGUGUCCUUCCGCUUCAUCUUCAUCGCCCCACAUGCAAAUGACAUCUUUAACAUCGCUACCCCAUAAACUCAUCAAUUAUGAUAGUUUGGAAAGCGUUAGAAAGAGUCCCGUCUCUUCAGUUAUGGAUAGCCAAAUGAUGAUGAUGAAUAAAUCGUCAUCGUUUAGAUUGUCGAGCGGAGGUUGCGGAAGUUUGCUGGAUUUAACACCUUCACCGUCAGAUUCGGGUGUGUCAGAACUGGAAGCGGCGUUGAGGGACCGAGAUUCAGAGUUGGCGUAUCUUCGUCAAACGAUGGAACACAACGAACAAGUUAUCUUUAGGGUUUACGAAGAAAAGGAACGAGUAUGGGAACGAGAAUUGAGACGAUUAAAAAACGUGCAUGAAAAUCGAUUGAGGGCGAACGCCCAAAAAACGCUAAAAUUGGAACAAAUGUUGAUGACGCAAACGUAUCAAUUGCAACAGGACAAAAAGAGACUUCUCGCGGAAACCCAACGAGCUUCUUGUCAAAGUGAACGGCUUCGACAGGAAGUCUGUACGUUGAGGUCGCGAUUAGAAGAAACCGAAUGGGCGUUGUGUCAAAAAACGGGGGAAAUUUCUUUGUUAAAAAGCCAAUUAAAAGAUUACCAGCAUGAACAAACCAUAAAAGGGCACGAAUUUCUGCAAUUAAAAACCGAUUAUCGAGAUCUUCGAGUUGCUUUAGAGAUGAAAGAGGAAGAAAUAGAAACGUUACAAAAAAUUAAUUUAGAGAAAGAUGAUGAAAUUGCUUUAAUGAAUGCACAAUUAAAAAAUUUUCAAUAUGAAUCAGAUGAUGAAGAAGAUUUAGAUGAACCAAAUGAACUCAUAAAGAAUCAUUUACAAGAUAACUUAAAAGAUAAUAUAAAAGAUAAUUUAAUGGAUAACUUAAAAUUAAAAGAAGAAAAAUUACGAUUAAAAGAAGAAAUUAAAGAGUUACGUAAAGAACUUUCUGAGGUUUCUAUGAGCGAAUAUGAUGGUUUAGAAGCUGGAAGGAAUUUGAGAUGUAAAAGAAUCGGCGAUCAAUUACAAGAUUUUCAAGAUUUCAAUAAAGAAAUGGAUUCGUUAAGAAAUGAACUGGAGGAAAGAAAAAAAGAUUUUGAAAAAGAACGUGUUAUUUGGGCGCAAGAAAAAGAGAAGGUUCUAAGAUAUCAGCGUCAAUUGCAAAUGAAUUACGUUCAAAUGUACCGAAGAACGAGAGCUUUAGAAGAUGAAGUUGAAGCGUUAACUAUCGAACUUGAAUUAGAUAAAACCGGCCAUAAGCAAAAGAUCUCUUCCACGACUGAUUUAACGCAAACUAUAGAAUUAUGAUCUUUGGUUUUUGAGUUGAAUAUUUAAAAUGACGAAGAGUAACGAAACGGUUUUCUCUUGUAAUUGUUUUAAAAUUACUAAAAGAGUUAAACGGUGCUAAUUAAAAAUCCUAAUUAAUCUUGCCAAGAAAAUUAAUUAAUUAAGUAGUUCUUGUAUUUUAACAUUUAGAACCAAAUUUUUAUUUGUAAAUAUUUUAUUUUGUUAAUAAAACAUCUAUAACCAUUACAAAAAUUAAUAAAUGAUGAAGAAAAAGAUUAUCUUUAACGUCGUUCCUAGUUUAUAAGAAUAAGUGUGUGAUUUUUUCAUAAAAAAAAACUUUGUACUAACUUAUUUAUGCAAUGUAUAUAAAUUAGUAUAUUAAUUACCAUAUUAAUUGAUUCCAAUAUUUUCAAAAUAAUUUUUCUCCUUUAGAUUAAGCUUGUUAUCGCAUUUGUAUAUACAUUUUUUUUAACUAAACGUUAUUUUUUAA